AAGCCAAUGGGGAAGCGUUUCGUGUUGGUCUUCUGAGAUGGUGGCGCCAGCGGCAGCCUCCGGCAAGUGAGGAACUGGCUGAGAGGAGACUGGGCGCCGGCGGCCAAGGAGGAGCGCUAGGUCGGUGUACGACCAAGAUCAGGGCUCUAGCCAGCCGACCGGAGCCAAUCUUCAGGGUCGCCAACGCCUCAGCUCUGUGGAGGAGCAGCAGUAGCCCGAGGGUGCAGAAUAUUAGAAAUGGCUACUCCCCAGUCAGUUUUCAUCUUUGCAAUUUGCAUUUUAAUGAUAACAGAACUAAUUCUGGCCUCAAAAAGCUACUAUGAUAUCUUAGGUGUGCCAAAAUCGGCAUCAGAGCGCCAAAUCAAGAAGGCCUUUCACAAGUUAGCCAUGAAGUACCACCCUGACAAGAAUAAAAGCCCUGAUGCUGAAGCAAAGUUCAGAGAGAUUGCAGAAGCAUACGAAACACUCUCAGAUGCUAAUCGACGAAAAGAGUAUGAUACACUUGGACACAGUGCUUUUACUAGUGGUAAAGGACAAAGAGGUAGUGGAAGUCCCUUUGAGCAGUCAUUUAACUUCAAUUUUGAUGACUUAUUUAAAGACUUUAGCUUUUUUGGUCAAAAUCAAAACCCUCGAUCUAAGAAGCAUUUUGAAAAUCAUUUCCAGACAGGCCAGGAUGGUUCCAGUAGACAAAGGCAUCAUUUCCAAGAGUUUUCUUUUGGAGGUGGAUUAUUUGAUGACAUGUUUGAAGAUAUGGAGAAAAUGUUUUCUUUCAGUGGUUUUGACUCUACCAAUCGGCAUACAGUACAGACUGAAAAUAGAUUUCAUGGAUCUAGCAAGCACUGCAGGACUGUCACUCAACGAAGAGGAAAUAUGGUUACUACGUACACUGACUGUUCAGGACAGUAGUUUAUUCUUUUUCUGUUCUCACUAAAUCCAACUAGUUGACUCGUCCUCAUUAUCUUUGAUGCUAAAUGAUUUCCUGUGAACCAUUUUGACAAGUGCAUGAUUUCACGUUAAACAAUUUGAUAUAGCUAUUAAAUAUAUUUAAGGAUUUUUUUUUUUUUUUGACAAAUUCAGCAACAUUCAACUAGUAGAGAAAUGCUAAUUUCCCUGAUGAGGAAAGUUUCUUUAAAAAACAUGUAGUUUUUGCCUAGUCCUUUUUCUCUACCUGCCCUUCGGCUUAUUAAUGUCACCAGUUUUAUUACCAAGAAAAGAUUGAGUUCAGCCGGGCACGGUGGCUCAAGCCUGUAAUCCCAGCACUUUGGGAGGCCA